UGUAGGCACUUAAAAUGUUCAGGUCCUUAAAAUAACAAGUUGGGCUGAAGAAAUGUUUCUCCGGUAGUAAGAACUUGAAGGAGUUUCCAGAUUGUUUGAACUUCUCUGGCCGCACAAUACAGGAAGGAAGGCUGCAGCAGCCCAGGGACCUCCAGCGUCUGCAGCAUGGGCUGGUUCACUGGGAUUGCCUGUCUGUUCUGGGGUGUAUUACUUACAGCAAGAGCAAACUAUGCGAACGGGAAGAACAAUGUGCCAAGACUGAAAUUAUCGUACAAAGAAAUGUUGGAAUCCAACAAUGUGAUCACUUUCAAUGGCUUGGCCAAUAGCUCCAGUUACCACACUUUCCUUUUGGAUGAGGAACGGAGUAGGCUGUAUGUUGGAGCAAAGGAUCAUAUAUUUUCAUUCAACUUGGUGAAUAUUAAAGAUUAUCAAAAGAUUGUGUGGCCAGUGUCUUACACCAGAAGAGAUGAAUGCAAAUGGGCCGGAAAAGACAUCCUGAAAGAAUGUGCUAAUUUCAUCAAGGUCCUGAAGGCUUAUAAUCACACUCACUUGUAUGCCUGUGGAACUGGGGCUUUUCAUCCAGUUUGCACGUAUAUUGAGGUUGGACAUCAUCCUGAGGACAACAUUUUUAAACUGCAGGACUCACAUUUCGAAAAUGGUCGUGGGAAGAGUCCUUAUGACCCCAAACUGCUGACAGCCUCUCUUCUAAUAGACGGUGAGCUGUACUCGGGAACCGCCGCUGAUUUCAUGGGCCGAGACUUCGCUAUCUUCCGCACGCUGGGGCACCACCACCCCAUCAGGACAGAGCAGCAUGAUUCCCGGUGGCUCAACGAUCCUAGAUUCAUCAGUGCCCAUCUCAUCCCAGAGAGUGACAACCCUGAAGAUGACAAAGUGUAUUUUUUCUUCCGAGAAAAUGCAAUAGAUGGAGAACACUCUGGAAAAGCCACUCAUGCUAGAAUCGGCCAGAUAUGCAAGAAUGACUUUGGUGGACACAGAAGUCUUGUGAAUAAAUGGACGACGUUCCUGAAGGCACGCCUAAUUUGCUCCGUGCCAGGCCCAAAUGGCAUUGACACCCAUUUCGAUGAAUUGCAGGAUGUCUUCUUAAUGAACUCUAAAGAUCCUAAAAAUCCGAUUGUCUACGGAGUGUUCACAACAUCGAGCAACAUCUUCAAGGGAUCUGCUGUGUGUAUGUACAGUAUGAGUGACGUAAGAAGAGUGUUCCUUGGUCCAUAUGCUCACAGAGAUGGCCCCAACUAUCAGUGGGUGCCUUAUCAAGGAAGAGUGCCCUAUCCACGGCCGGGAACUUGUCCAAGUAAAACAUUUGGUGGAUUUGACUCCACAAAAGACCUUCCUGAUGAUGUCAUAACCUUUGCAAGAAGUCACCCAGCCAUGUACAAUCCAGUAUUCCCUAUUAACAACCGCCCAAUAAUGAUCAAAACAGAUGUAAAUUAUCAGUUCACACAAAUUGUUGUAGACCGAGUCGAUGCCGAAGAUGGCCAGUAUGAUGUCAUGUUCAUCGGAACAGAUGUUGGGACUGUCCUUAAGGUGGUCUCAGUCCCCAAGGAGACAUGGCAUGACUUAGAGGAGGUUCUUCUGGAAGAAAUGACAGUCUUCAGGGAACCAACAACUAUAUCAGCAAUGGAACUUUCUACGAAGCAGCAACAACUGUACAUUGGCUCAGCUGCUGGGGUGGCACAGCUUCCUCUCCAUCGCUGUGAUGUUUAUGGCAAGGCCUGUGCAGAAUGCUGCCUCGCCCGGGACCCUUACUGUGCCUGGGAUGGGUCAUCGUGCUCACGCUAUUUUCCCACUGCAAAGAGACGCACAAGACGACAAGAUAUAAGAAAUGGAGACCCACUGACUCACUGUUCAGACUUACAGCACCAUGAUAAUCACCAUGGGCACAGCCUUGAGGAGAGAAUCAUCUAUGGAGUGGAAAACAGUAGCACAUUCUUGGAAUGCAGUCCGAAGUCACAGAGAGCCUUGGUAUACUGGCAAUUUCAGAGGCGAAAUGAAGAUCGUAAAGAGGAGAUCAGAGUGGGGGACCACAUCAUCAGGACAGAACAGGGGCUUCUGCUUCGCAGUCUGCAAAAGAAGGAUUCAGGCAACUACCUGUGUCACGCUGUGGAGCACGGAUUCAUGCAGACUCUUCUUAAGGUGACCCUGGAAGUCAUCGACACAGAACAUUUAGAAGAACUUCUUCAUAAAGAUGACGAUGGAGAUGGCUCAAAGGCCAAAGAAAUGUCGAGCAGCAUGACGCCCAGCCAGAAGGUCUGGUACAGAGACUUCAUGCAGCUAAUCAACCACCCCAACCUGAACACGAUGGAUGAGUUCUGCGAACAAGUGUGGAAAAGGGACCGAAAGCAGCGGCGACAGAGGCCGGGGCACUCGCAAGGAAACAGCAACAAGUGGAAGCACAUUCAGGAGAGCAAGAAAGGUAGAAACAGGAGGACCCACGAAUUUGAGAGGGCACCCAGAAGUGUCUGAGCUACACCACCUCCAACCUCAAACAAGCAUAGACUCGCUUAGAUAAUAACUGGAAAAAUGCAAUACACGUGGACAUUUUCGUGGCAUUCUGUGGAUGUUUACAAUGGUGGGAAAUUCAACCGGGUUCCACCAAUUUAAAUGACGUCCCUGAGGAGCUUUCCCAGCCGGCUUUCUUCAGGACGCCAACACCUGACAGAGAUCACAGGUGAGCACAGAUGUUCACAUCAGCCAACUUAGUGUUUCCUCUAAGAGUUCAUUUUGCUUUCUUCUUUGCCUGAGAAAUUAAAAUGUCACUUGCCAUAUUGCCCUUGAAGCGAGAAAAACUGCGUCAGCAAAGCCAUUUUAUUGAAGCAAGAGUUGAAAAUAAACUGCAUGGAUUUAGUAAGCAGAUGAAUCUUCCAAAACGUGAUUGGAUUCAAGGAUGUUUUGUCUACCAGCACUCGUGUGUGUGUGUGUGUACUGGAGGAUUAAGACAAGGCAAAGGAAACUAAGUGAAAUAGUGUGUGGAAAUGUACAAACAUAAACCACCCAUCAUCCAGAAGAAUAAUGGAAUACAUUGAUCUACUACUGAUGUCUUCUUUCAGCUUUGAUCUAAAGAUGUAUUUUAUUAAAACUAUAAUUUAAAUGUACCAUGACAAAUAUGCAGUAAAAAUUAGCUGUUUUCUAAGCUAGAGUAGGUUUUCGUCUUACACCUUUUGUGCUAUAAUUUGUUUAAAAAUUCCAACUGUGUGCUGCUCUUUUUCACACUUUGUUUUCAGUUCUGUAAGGGUUAGUAUAUUACUUUAGAUUCAUACUCUCACCAUUAACUGUUAAUUAUUGAAACCAAGAUAAGAAUUAUGGUUUUCUCCCUUUGAGGAAAUCAAAAAAAUAGAAGGUUUUACCACCACCCCCUACUUUUAAAGGUAUUAUCUAAGUUAACUAUGACAUGCAUAAUGUUCUUAGCCAACCAAAAAAUUAAGACAGCACAGAAGGGAAGAAAACAUUGCUUAGAUGCAUUCUGAAGGAUCAAGAGAAAAAAGUACUAUGUAUCUCAUGAAAAUAGCAUUGUCUUAUUAUAGUGUUACUAAAAUGACUCUUCAUCCUUUGCUUGAAUAUUUGCAUGAUGUGUGAGACAUAUGACCUCUCAUAAUUCCACAUUCCACUCUAGGGAUUCUAUUGUUUUAUCAUUUAAUGACUUUUGACUGAGAGAGAUCAAGGACAUUUGGAACACCUCAAUGGCACAUUUCCCAACAAUUCUUUAAAUCAACUAUAUUUUCUCCACCCUAUAUAAUACAAUUAUUUGUAUGAGGAACAUAUUAAGUAUUUUCAUCUCAAUGAGAAUGAAUUUAUAAGCUAUUUUCAGAUUACACACUUCACUUAGAAAGUGCAAAACCCUUUGUUUUAUGAAUAACAUACAAGAUAAUAUAAAAUAAUUAAGAAUUUGCCCCCUUUGUUGAUUGAAAAAGGUUUCUUGAGAAUCAUUGAGUUCAAAAUUCAUAAGACUUUCUGCAUUAUGAAACAGUUCAUUGGCAUGAAUCUCAUCACUCCAGGAAUCCCCCCACAGAUCCUUCAGCAUGCACAGAAAGGCAAGUAAACACCUUCCUGCUAAUUAAUGAAGUGGCGCUGAUAUUUUAUCUCCAGUUGUCUCAGGAUUCUAAUUAACUAAACAUUAAUUUCUCACCUCAACUGCAGUAAAUUGUUAUUCCCUCUCCACUGAAAUACUUCACAGAUGGAAGCUCAUGUUUCAGUUUUAAUGAUUAUUUAAAUAAACAAUUUGUUGACAUGUCUUUCAAAUAAAAGCCUAAAAAUAUUCUACAUCUGAUUUUAGGCUCCUUGACUAACAUGGUGUUGCUUUUGGAAGUACAUCCUCAAAGGCAGGCUGAAUUGAUAAAUUCUUUGAAGAACACAGUUUUUAACAGAGAAUAUUACCGGAAAUGCUAAGUCAGAGAAAACAGGGUGCUCCAUAUAAGCCAUUCUUCAUUUUCAUAGUCUUAUCCAUCUGAACAUUUGAUGUGUGUUUCAUUCUAAAUUUGCAGCUGAAACAAGUUUAUUUGUAAUUACAUAAGUCUCUCAUUUCUUUCUAGUUCUUAACGAUAAAGGAAUUGAAGGAAUGAAGAUUGUAUGAUAACUUCAUGAAUGCCUUCCAAAAUCUGAAUGCAUUUUGUUUAGCACUAUGAAAUUGCAAUAGAAAAAAGUUUAGACUUCAAUUAAAAGUGUUACAAACAAACAAAUAUAUUGACAUGUCUUUAUCAACCACCAUGUCUGAGUUUUCAAAGGAAGUUACUAAUGUAACUUACAAAUAAAUAAAUCUAAUGAGAGUCAUAAUCUGCCAAUGUAUAUUGAGAGAGGGCAGUUUGCACGAAGAAGAAUGAAUGUCCCACUUACUAAGUUAGAUGGACUUUGGCAUAUGCAUGUGUCAUCCCAGAUGAGAUCUGCAUAGGAGAUGCAUGUGACAUACGCAUAUCACCUCAGCAGUCUUAAUGUCUGAAAAAUCAGAUACAUCACAGCGGAGAGACCAGGCCCCGCCGAUAGCAACUGUAACAUGUAAAUGCAUGUGGAUGCACACUUACUGCUUCUUUUAUGUAUAGCUUAGUGAUUUAUAGUGGUAUGUGUUUAAUAUUUUUGCUACCUACACAUUAGGCAAAGAGGUGUAAAUAAUUUUGAAAAGGUGAGGAAGAACAGCAUAAAAUACAAGUUUCUAUAGAUGCUCCAUUUCAGUGUGUUCAACAUCAUCCUGGAGUGCAAGAUUUCCCAUAUGAGUGACAAGGUGGCUUAUGUACUACUUAAGGGCGGAGAGUGUGUGCCCCUUCAUAAGCAUGCUUUUUGCCAGGUCGUAAAUUGUUCCAUAUCUGUAUUUAUCAUUGCAUUUCAGAUGGGAACUAGAAAACUGGAGAGAAAAAUGUAAUGAUAUUGCUGCUGUAAAUUAUUCCUUUUUAGCAUGUACUCAGUUGCUAAAUACACAUUUCUUCAAAAUA